AAUAAAUGAUCUGUGUGUAAUCACAUUCAAAAACACACCAACCCCCCUGCCAAAUACAGAAGAGGGGUCAUGGUUGCCAAUCCGAAGAGAGGAUACAAUUAUCUAUUUUUUACUCAGCUCUGAUACGUUGUUCAUUUUUCAUUCUUUGGACUUGUAAACUUAAUUGCGCGAAUUCAGUUGUUGCGGUUAGAAGCUGCAAGUUGUACAAAAGGGCACACUAGGUGGUGGUUAGGGGAUCAGAAGAAAAAGAGGCGCCCAAAUCAAUCUUUUGUGGUGGUGUAUGGAUGGAUCCUGGUUCUGUGCUAGCACUAGAUCGCAUCGCAAUGGGCACAGACGCGUUAAACACGUUUCCGAUGAUCAGUUCUUUUAUUGCACCAGGGAGUCGAGGAUAAGAACGCGUUCGUAUUAGCUGCUGUGAUCCGUUUAUUGUUUUUUUUAACUCGUAUUGCCACUGCCGAUGUGCUGAGCGCGGUUCCGAUUGAAUGAUACAGUUAGGACUGAAACAAUGCCGGUUCGGAAUAGAUACGAUCUGGUGGACGAUGCUGGGGACUCGAGAGUUCCUUUGCAUAACGAAGAGGCUUACCAACAUGGGAUCAAUUUUCAGGCUAAGUACGUCGGGAGCCUGGAUGUGCCAAGGCCAAACAGCCGUGUGGAAAUCGUGGCUGCAAUGAGAAGGAUCAGGUAUGAGUUCAAAGCCAAGAAUAUCAAGAAGAAGAAAGUGAGCAUCAUUGUGUCGGUGGACGGGGUCAAAGUGAUGCUGAGAAAAAAACAGAAGAGAAAAGAAUGGACGUGGGAUGAAAGCAAAAUGUUAGUGAUGCAUGACCCGAUCUACAGAAUAUUCUACGUAUCCCACGAUUCCCAAGACUUAAAAAUCUUCAGUUUCAUCUCCAGGGAUGGAACUAGCAAUACCUUCAGAUGCAACGUGUUCAAAUCCAAGAAGAAGACACAGGCGAUGCGUAUGGUGCGCACCAUCGGCCAGGCCUUCGAGGUGUGUCACAAGCUGAGUCUGCAGCACGCCCAGCAGAACGCAGAUGGACAGGAAGAUGGGGCCAGCGACAAGUCUGUAGAGGAGGUGCAGCCCAAGGGUCGCCAGUUAACUGGAGCAGAGCAGGAUGAGGAGGGGGAGACGGACGGGGAUCUUGAGGGCUCCACUAGGUGCGAGCAGGCGGUCUCCGAGAUCCUGCAGAGCCUGGCCGAGCUCGACGUAGUCAAGACAGCCCAGAUCCUCAAGGAGAGCAACUUCCAGGAUGUUGAGGACUGCUCUGUGUACAAAGCCGCGGCUCACAAGAGCCUGUCUCCCAGCAGCCCUUGCUCCCCGGCGCUGACUCCCCUGGCAACCCAACACCACCUGCAGCUGAUCCAGCAUCAGCUUCAUCAGCAGCAGCAGCAGACGCAGGUGGCAGUGGCACAGGUCCAGCUCCUGAAGGACCAGCUGUCUGCGGAGACUGCCGCCCGGAUUGAGGCCCAGGCCCGGGUCCACCAGCUCCUGCUGCAGAACAGGGACCUCCUGCAGCACGUGGCCCUGCUGGUCUCACAGCUCAAAGAGCUUGAGGUCAAAGUGCAGUGCACUCACAACAAUGAGAAAAGCUCCCUCUGGAAUUCCGUGUCAACGCAGUCUCUCUCGCUCAACCUGAAGAACCACUACAGCCUGGGAACAGAGCUGCCCAUCACCUCCACUCCAGCGGGGGAGCUAGUGAACACCCCUGCCCCCCUGGACCAGAUGGAUGGGGCCGAAUCCUACCUGAACCUCUUGAACCUGGAGAAGGGGGAAAGCAAUGGGAAGAAAGAGGUAGACUGGAGCGCGGAGGGGUCGGAGGUCACGGCCAAUGAGAACGCUUUCCUGAAGAUUGACAGCUGGACUCACAAAUCAGGGAAUGACAAGUUUCAACAAAUCAUCCCCAAGCUCAACCCACCACCUCCGCCCCUCAACAGGAAGCGACCAAUUAGAACACUGUCUCCGGGUCAAGAGGCGGAGCCCAAAGCCACACCCAUAUCCAUAGAGCAUAUGAACGGCAGGCUGGCUCCCCACCACAACACCACGAGCUUCACUGACGUCACUGCCUGCACGUUCACCACAUCUGAUUUCGAGUCUCUUGAUGGUGAGAGUAAAGCUCAGCCCCCGAAUGGAGCCCAGAAACCAUCUUUAGCCUCUUUAAAAGAGGGACUGUUUAAAGAGAACGGGACUUUGCAUUCUACUACUGAAAGCUACAGCAGUAAACUUGCAGAUAAACCUGCUUCCCUGUCAAACGGCAUCAGAACAAACCCGGUGAAGAACGUGGUAACCGUGGAAACCAACUAUAACAGCACACUUCCAUUUUCUUCUGCUUCCGACGAGACGUGCCUCCACAUUAGCUUCUCUGAGGACGAGCUGCUUGACAAUGAAGCUGAUGAUUCGGGAUUGCCUCUGCAGAGUUAAGAUGUCACCAGCGACCUUAAGAAACUCUGCCAAGACUAUAGAUUUUAUUCCAGGUUGAUUUAUUGGGAGACAGCCACGGCUGUUCCAAGCAUUUCUUUAUAUACAGCUAUGGUCAAAGGUUUUGCAUCGCCAAGAAUUUUACUUGGAUUGAGACAUUAAUUUAAAAACAAAAAACUAUAUGAAGGUUUUUUUUUUAUUUAACAUCAAGUAAUCAAGAAACUACAAAGUGAUAUUGUGUUAGAUUUUUGAAAUGUCACAUUUUUCCAUUUUUUUCUUUAAACAUAUGGAAAAAUACAAAGCGGUAUGUAAUUCAAUAUGUUAACGUAACAUUAUUCAGCAGGUUUCAUUCGACUUUAUGAAGGAAAAUUAGUUAAUUCUACAGGGUGAUGCAAAACAUUUGGCCAUAGCUUUAAAAAAAGGUUUUUUUUAAAAAACAUUUUAUUUUUGGUCCAACAUUUUAACUACUCAAAGUAAUGGUUUAACUGGAGGUUUUGUAACACUGUAAACUACAGUCAUGGGUUAUAUACAUACAGCAUCACAUGUAUCACUUUAAUUGUAUUACAUAGGUUUUUAAGUAUUCCUGAACACUAAUCCUAGAAAGAUACUGUAUUUUAAAAAAGUUGCAAAGAAACAUUGGUAUCCAAAGCUGUAAAUCAACCAGGAUCUGAAAUCAGUGUCCAGCUAUCAAGAGCAACUGUAGCGACCAGAACUGACUCUUUGGAACAUAUGCCAAAUGCUUCAAAGAAGUAGUGUUCGGUAUGCAUUGUUAACUUUUUGUUUUCAUGUAUUAUUUAGCUCUGAUUGAUUUAGUGAGCAUAAGAUUGCUUGAGGAUGGUAUUAAAUGUUAACAGUCUUGAAUAAUUCAAAGGAAAACUGCCUUUUUGUCUUCAGGCUACACCGCUGGCACAGAAAGAUGAGGGGGUUGUUUGUUAAGCUGGUUAAGUGAAGGAACAGGGAGUCGUGUCGUGGAAGUAAGGUUGAGUUAAGAUUGAAAAAUGGUCUAAGGGUCUUUUAAGUAGUUACCAUUCUGUGUCUAUUGGCAGGGAUACACUGAAACUAAAGCCAACCCAAUGUGGUCCAGUAACACUAAUGGAAGUGUUUCCUUAAUAUAUUAAAUAUCAUAGAAUAGACUUCUAUACUGAAAUCAAUUUCCAAAAAUGGAAUUGAACAAUGCGAACAAUGUAUAUUGAGACACUUGAAUAACGCUGCAUGGACUUACAGCAUGAAGUUAUUUCUUGAAUGCCAGCCUAUUUUUUUUUAUAAGACAGAACUGUGAACAGCACUUUUCAGUUCUAACUUGUAUACAGGAGAAUUGGAUAUUUUGAUGAAUGCAAAGAUCUUUUUCUGGUGUCAGCAAAAAUCUUUUAACAUUAGCAUGCAGUGGCUGGAUGAAUUGUGUUAGAAGACCAACGUGACUGAUAGAUCAAUGUCAUGCAUGGCAGAGUGGGAAAUGUCUUCAUGAAUUUGCCCAAGUGGGCUAAAUCUACAGAAUUAAAGAAUUACAAGUUCAACGCACUUUUAGAGAAAGAUCAUUGCUGAUUUAAUAACUGCUUAGAUGCUGUCAGAAGAUUACAAAACAUCAGAGAAGAGGGAACCAAUUCUAAAAGGCAUUUAAGCCAGCAAGACAUACUAAAAAUAAAAUAUUCUAAUCACAAAAUGUCAGAUUGCCCUAUAAAAGUAAAUCUUGAUUAAAACUAUUCAUUGUGAAUCGUAUUGAUCAAUAGAAACAUGCUUGAUCAGGAAAAAUCUGUAGACCAAAGUUUAACACAGAUCUACAUAUGUAUAAUCAUAUGACUUAUUUAUUAAAACUCGCAGAUGUUAGCUAGCUUACCAUAUGAUUAGUGAAAUUAUUGCAUUGCUUGCACUUAAAUCCGUCACAAAUGUACAUGCCUUCCAAUGAAACAGAAUGGUGACAGUGUUUUGAGUUCUGUCUGUAACCUGAAUACCAAAUCUUUUAAGACCCUAGGUAAGUGUGUCAUUAACUGCAACUUGUGUGUCAUUGUGUUUGUAUUUAUGGUGAAUUUAUUAUUCUACUUCAGCAAUAGAAAAAAAAAAUACUUUAUGAAACUGAGCCAACAGUGAUAAUAAUUUCCCCAAAAGUCUAAGGGGAAAAUUGUGAUAUUUAGAAUUUCUGUUUAUGAAUUAGCAAUUUGCAAUCUUCCAUAUUCCAAAAUUGUAUGCAAUUUCUGCAUUUUUGUUUUCUAAUGCUCAAUAUAUUACACAGGGUGUAAACUGUGCCUUACAGAUCAUUUUAGAGGGUGGCACUGUGAUCAUUUCAUAAGCUCCCAAGCCAAGAUUACGUUAUUUUUAAGUCUAGAUUUAUUCAAAUGUCUUACGCAUGAUGCAAUACUGCAAUACAACUGGCAGCUGGACGUGUUGAGUAAUUACUCAACGCUUAGGUUAAUUAACGAGAACAAAAUGUGCAGAUUGGAAGAGAAUCCGCCAGGAUGGAAAACACAAAAUGAUCUGAUAGCUGGUUUGAGGAUGUGUGUAAUUGGACUGUGAGUGGGUGGUUUCAUAAUGAAAGGAGGAAGCUGAGGUUUAGAAAGAUUGCGGUUUGUAAUUAUUAUUGGAUAGGUUAAAUAAAGUUACUUACAAAAGAGGAAGAGCAAGUACUAUCAUACUGUGCUGUUUUGUUUUCUAUGGUUGGUGGUACUAGAAAUGCUGCUACAAAUACCAUUUGUAAUUUCAUGUUGUCAAUAAUAGGUUUAUUUCCUGCCAAGUCAAGCUCAUAAUUAAUCAUCCUAUUUGAGUAACCAAACACUGUUGAUCCUUAAAACACUCAAUUCGACUGCUCUUUUUUUUUUGUCUAAGUGCCGGUCUGUAGCCAUUAGAAUUCCCAUUUGUAUUUAUUUGUGGAGCCUAAACAAUAGCAGGUUUUUAUUGAAUGUGCUUUUACUGCUCCUUGCUUUAAUCGGUAAAUGAAUAGUGCUAAAUUAGCUUAGGGGUCACUUUGAUCAAGCUUUCUUCAGCUAGGAUAAGUCACAGCUGGAGUAGAGCAUUUUCUAGUCUAAAUGUUGUAAUUGAACCAAUUCAACCCUCAGUCCAGACCCUGAAGUAGUUACUGUGAUUCUGUCCUUGUAUCUGUUAAACCUGGAGUGGAAUGGCACUGAUUGGAUACCCCUGCAUAAACCUCUUAUUUUUCAGGGUAAUUCUGUAAAGCCAUUGAUAAUGCAAUCCAGAAUGAUUCCCCAGUGGUGUAAAAUGCUCCAAUAGAACCCAGCUGUGGCUUUUCCUGAUCAGAUUGACCCUUUAGAGUGGUAUGAGGGUCCUUGCAAUUACCUUUUUAGUGGCAUAGAGAAAGUUUCAGAAAAAAAGUUCCCAACGAAUGUGGGGCAAUGUGUACAUUUUAAUUUGAUUUGAACACGGUAUCGAUCCCAGUUAAUUACAUUCAGAUUUGUCAAAACUUUAGUUUCCCACUAAAAAGUUGAAUUGCAGUGACCUGUGUUUUUUAUGGUGGGUACACACACACAAGUAGCGUCGCUAUGACUGGAUAAUAUCCAGUAGUGCAAUAGUGAGAAAUGUAGAAACACUGUAUAAACAAUGCAUGUCUCUUGGUUUUAUAAAUUCAAGUGUAGCAAUGCAUAGAAAUCAUCAAAUAUUUUCAAUCGUUUUUUCGUUUUUUUUAUAUUUUGUAAAAUACAAGCAGUGCAGUUAUUGAACUGUGUAAAUCUGAUACAGAUAUGUGUGUUUAUAUAUAUAUAUAUAUAUAUAUAUAUAUAUAUAUAUAUAUAUAUAUAUAUAUAUAUAUACACACACACAAACAAUACUUUGGUCACACUGUUGGAAGAUUUAUCGUUUCUGUUUGAAACCACUUUGUGUGACCUUUGUACUACCUGGAUUGCUUCAAAUACAGUUUGAUAAGGUUUCCAUUUGUGUCUUUCUGUUUUUUGGUU